AAAAGACGAAGGAACGAACGAAGGAACUCGAUCGAAGAAGCGAAACGUGUCGAGUCCGCGAUCGGGGAGGAAGCAUGAGCUGGCAAUCGAGCAAUGAGACUGUCUUCGACAACGAUAAUUACGUGGUGAACACGUUGCACUAUAUCAACAAAUUGAACGAAUCUGUGAACCCGGAGGCGAUCAAGUGUCUGGAACGUAAGCAUCAGGAGGAGCUGUCAUUGGGGACAAUACAGCAGGAGGAUCAACAGGGGUGUGAAAUCAGUUGGGAUUCUUUAUUGUGCUGGCCGAGGACACCUCCUGGAACACUGGUCACGCUACCCUGUUUCGAUGAACUGAAUGGGAUCCGCUACGACAGCACUCAGAACGCGAGUCGUUGGUGCAGGAUAGACGGUAUCUGGAGCAACUAUAGCAACUAUAGCCUCUGUCGAAAUCUUCGGGAGCCGGCGAUCGAGGGCGGUGCAGAGGUUAUCUCGACGACUAUAUAUUUCGUCGGUUAUAGCAUUUCGUUGAUCACCCUGAUCAUCGCAGUCUCCAUUUUUCUGUAUUGCAAGGAACUCAGGUGCAUUAGGAACAACAUACACACUAACUUGAUGUUCACCUACAUCCUCGCAGACUUUAUGUGGAUUCUAAACAACGUGAUGCAGGUACUUUCGCAGAAAAUGGUAUAUUUUUUUAAUGGGUAAUUCCUUAAUGCAUCUCUAAUUUCUU